AUGGCAGCAUCAUUAAAAGACUCAGCAAUCGUGGCUCGGGAUGGUGUCGAGGCCAAAGUGGAUGGAGUGAUUCUAGCUCCAAUCAUCAACACAGAGGUUAUUUUUGACGAGGACCAGAAGCUUUACGUUAAGAUGGAGGGAAAAUUACCUCCUGGCAAUGUGUACGGGGUUGUGGAGAAAGAGAAAACAUUUCUCUUAAGAGCGAUGCAGGAUUUUGAAUCCAAAGCGAAAGGCUCCACCGAUGUAGAUAAUAAUCCCAAGAAGUAUCAAGACUGGAAGGAAGUCGAAAAGAUAAUGAGAGACGCAGAAAAGAACUACGCUGAAAGGCACAAAAACAAGCCCAUGAUGAGAGGUAUCGUACAAUUCUUCGACAACGUGGGAGAUAGUGGAGCGACUUUUCAAGCCUGGCUCUCUCUUUUGCCCACUGGCGAGUACUCAUCAAUUAUAUGUGGAGCCUUCAAACUCGUGAUUAAGUCAUGCAUUCGGUUGACUACGAUCAGAGAUCUGAUCUUAUCGAGUCUUGGAAAGAUUCCCCAAGCUUUACAGACAGCCAAACAGUAUCUGGAGAUGCGCAAUCUGUACAAGUCAGCAGAGCUGCAUAUAGAGUUCUCCAGGUUAUACAAGGCUAUUCUCGAGGUCUUCCAACAUAUCCUGGAGUGGAUGUCGAAGAGUAGCAUGAGGCAUGCGGUAAAAGCAUUUUUGAAGCAGGAUGAUUAUGAGAAGGAGCUAGAGGAUAAGUUAACCCGCGUCUGGGAUCAAGCCGCUGCAGUUCGCCAACAGGCAGAAAUAUGUUCUCAGUUUCUCAUAGGAGAUAUUCAUCAAAACUUAGAAAUACAGACUCAUAACUUGGCCGGUGUCAGAGUGACGAUCGAAGGUGUCAAGACCGACGUAGAGGACAUUGGCAAGGUUUUAGUCAAGAGUCAAGCUCGAAUAGAAGAUAGACUUAAUGCCUUUUUUCAUCUCUUCCAAGACAUGGCAAAGGAUCUGAAAAACACUCAAGUCGACAUGCCGGUGGCCCCAAAGGGUGCGAAAUUAACGUCCGCAAAGUUGAUACAAACUCUAGGCUGUUCCUCUAAGGUAAUCAAGAAGGAUGUGAAUAAAGCAAUCUUCGCCGGGAAAUCCGCGGAUAACAUCUUCCAGGAACGAGCCCAAGCACUUAUGAGCCACAAUCGCUUGAAGAGUUGGAUCACUAACGCAAGGUCUCAAGCUUUACUUGUCAAUGGCAAUGGAGGUCGUGAGAAGAUCUCACCUAUGUCACUUGCCUGUGGAAUGCUUGCACGAUCUUUGGAUUCAUUUGAAGGUGCUGUCCCUCUCGUCUUUUUCUGCGGGAUGCACAGCGAUGUCAAUGAGGAGGAGGGUCCAGAAUUGAUGUUGGCAUACUUGAUUCAUCAACUUCUGACUUCUUCCUCGACCUUCGAUCUCGACUUCAUUUUGAUAUCGCAAAAGAAGCAGGACAUCAUCGACCAUGAUAUGGAUACCCUGUGCUUCAUCUUCGCUGGGCUCGUACAACAGUUGGCCAAGGACCAGAUAGUUUUUUGCCUGAUUGAUGGGAUAACAUUCUGCGAGUAUGGAAACAGAAAGGAUAGUGCGCGCCAAGCUAUUUCAACUAUUGUCGAUCUGGUCGAGGAGCAUGACUGCGUUUUCAAACUCCUCGUUACCAGCUCCACCAGAUCUCUUGUCGUUUACCGUCUCUUUUCGCAAGAGGACAUUUUCAGCCUAAGAGCGGAUUCAGUAGGGCGGUCAGAUCAGGGACUAAAUAUCAGAAGUGCACUGGGGCAAAAUUCGAGGAGUAUGGCAAGCUUAUCGAGCGAGCGACAAAAGAAGCUUCACCCCCAAGAUGAAUGGUCAUUGUCGGAUAGUGCUGGAGAUGACGAGGAUCAAGCUACAGCAAGCAGUGACAUUUUUGAAGAGGAUUAA